AUGGCGCCUGGGGGCCAAAAGGGCGAUGAUCAGGUCAGGAGGCCGGAGAUGAUUACUUUGAUCGAUGGGGAGACGCAAUACUUCUUGGCAGGGGCGGAGCUGGAUGGGAAGAAUGUGAAUGGACACGCGGAUUGGUUCGGAUGCUCCGAGGUAUCAAUGCGGGAGAGCAUAUGUCAAUAUACGGUUGCGGCAGACGACUCCACAUCGGAGUACCCGUGCCUCGUGGUCGAGGAUCUGUUGGAGGAUGAGAGAUUUUGCCAUCUCCCAUUCGUCAAUGGCUCCGUCGCUGCCUACCGGUUCUAUGCUGGCACUCCCAUCGCUACAAGCCGUGGGGUAAAGAUCGGGUCUUUCUUCUUGUUGGACGUCAACCCACGACCUGAAGGUCUAAAUAUGGAGCAGCGGAGAGUUAUGCGCCAAUCAGCGGCAAGCGUCAUGAAACAUUUGGAGAUGCACCGGGAGGCUGCGGAGAGGAGACGCGUCUCUCUCAUGAGCCACGGUAUAGCACGGUUCCUUGAGAGCAAGUCCCGUGACGGUGAUGAUGAUGAACCCAAGACUCGAGCAUCAUCGGAUACGGAACAUGUACUCAACGAGAAAGGACGUGUUCAAGAGGAUUCGGAAAGACCACCCGCGCAGACCAAAGACCCGGUCAAACGUACACUCGAGAGCGCCGCCAUCAUCCUACGGGAGUCGCUGGAGAUCGAGUCGGGUGGAGUCAUGUUUCUUGACACCGCUGUCGGUUUCAGCGAAGCCGGCUAUACGGACGCAUACUCCGACCCGAAUACUUCAAUCGCACGGAGCACCGAGGCCGCGGAUGGAAAAGAUGACAGGCCCGUCUUCCGGCACAACCGAGAGCUCCCUCAAGCGGCCCACUCGUCUUCCGACCCGGAACCACAUGAGGGGCAAAUCAGAAGCUCUGACGAUCGCAACCCUGCCGCCGAAAUCAUGGCAAUGUCGACGAGCACGGAACAUCAGCCCGCCCGGCCUGCAAAGAAUGUACUGGACUGUAAGACCCUUCAGACCUUGCUCAACAUGUACCCCAAAGGCAACGUUUGGUAUUUCGACAAAGGAGACUACUUCUCGUCUUUGGAGCAGGUUGAGCUGCACGACGUCCAAGACAGGUCAAGUGAAUCCGGCCGCCACCGAGUUGACGUGAAAAGGCGAAUGUCCGAGGAGAUCGCCGAAGCCACGUUGUUGAGACGGAAAUUUGAAAGCUCUCGACAAAUCGUUUUCCUUCCCAUGUGGGACGCAGCCACCAAAAGAUGGUACGCCGGCUGUUUGGUAUGGAGCCACUCCGCGGUACCGGUGUUCACCGUCCACUCGGAGAUCGCAUACCUUGCCGCAUUUACAAACUCGGUCACCAUGGAGAUCAGCCGCCUCGAUGUCAUCAGGGCGGACCAAGCCAAAGCGGACUUUAUCAGCAGCAUAUCACACGAGUUUCGAAGCCCUCUGCAUGGCAUCCUUGCGAGUGCCGAAUUCUUGCGGGAGCUGACCGAUGACGAAACGCAGUCGGAGUUGAUAUCGACCGUUCAAAACUGUGGCCGUACUUUACUCGAAACCAUCAAUCACGUUUUUGAAUUCAGCAAAAUCAAUUCCUUCGAAGCAUCCAGAUCCACUUCCGGACAAGGCCGUCCGUUGCCGAACGAAUUGCAUUCCGUUACAAACAUGGCGAUUCUAUGUGAAGAGGUUGUCGACGGCAUGGUCGUCGCGAAGAAUUUUGAUGACAUCACGACCUCUGGUGAUUUGCCCAGAGGGCCUCGAUCUUUGUCGCAGGUGGUCAAGGCCUUGGGGAAGCCGGUAGAGGUCGUCAUGGACUUUGAGGAGCGAGAUUGGCGAUUCCUUACACAGCCCGGAGCCAUUCGUCGAAUCAUCAUGAACAUAUUCGGUAACGCACAAAAGUACACCGACAAUGGCUUCAUACAGAUCUCUCUCCGAGCGGAGGACCCGGUCAGGGCGCGUGCAAGAGGGGUCAAGGGUAUGUCUGCUGAGAAAUGCGCAGUCUCUUUGACGGUCAAAGACUCUGGACGUGGCAUAUCGAAUGAGUAUCUUCGGCACAGACUCUAUACCCCUUUCGCGCAAGACGACACCUUCGCUUCUGGGGUUGGCCUGGGACUCUCCAUCGUUUGGAGCAUUGUUCAACAGCUGGGAGGUGUCAUUGCGGUGCGCAGUCUACAAGGCAAAGGGACAGAAGUCGAGAUCUGCCUUCCAAUGGAAAAGCCGGAGCAUUCACACGGGUGUGAUAUUCCAGAACCCAGCAUUGGAAACCCUCAAGAUGCCGAUGACACAUUGGAAUCACUCAAGAAGGUUGCCGUCGGAAGUACUGUCGCGCUCCAGCGACCUCCGAAUAUGCGUGGAGAUCCUGCCAACGGUCAGGACAUCAUUUUGAACCACGUCGGGAACUACAUGUCGGAUUGGUAUGGGUUUACGGUAACCGCCUUCGCCGACUGGGGUACCAUACCAAACGCAGACGUGGUGAUCGCUUUGGAGGCCCACGAGCCUUGCACCACUUCGGCGUUGUCUCACCUGGGGAAUCAACAUAUUCCGACACUUCUACUCAACGGGACCCUUACGUCAAAGGGUCAUCAACGGUAUCCGGCUGGGAUGGUUGUCGGGCAUGUUACCCGUCCCAUUGGGCCGUACAAACUCGCGCGGCACCUACUGUCUAUACUUCAGCCACGUACGGAGAUGGUCAUUCCAGGUCCUGCGGAACCUGUGUCUUUGGUUGGAAAUGAGAACGACAACCAACGACCACAAGAACGGCCCCAACAUCUGUCGGUCAUCUCGGAUCCUCAGCGGCCUGCUGCCAACGAAUUUGAGGGCGAUUUGGUGCAAAGAUUCAAUUCGAUGGAAGUCGGGCAUACAGAUGCUACCUCGUCACGCAAAGAGGCCAACCAGAAAGGAAAACCCAAUGGAGGAUUGCGAAUCUUAGCUGUGGAUGACAAUGAAAUCAACUUGCAACUCCUACAACGCUUCCUUUCAAAGCGGAAAGAUGACGUUAUCCACAGUGCGCGCGAUGGGUUUGAGGCUGUGGAAGCGGUCCAGAAGGCAGUUGAACCGUACGAUGUCGUAUUCAUGGAUAUCUCCAUGCCUGGAAUGGAUGGGUUCGAGGCGACGAGAAAGAUUCGCCGGUUUGAAACCGAGGGCGCCGCCGAUGAGAAGGAACAUGAUGAGCCACAGUUCAGUCAACGAUCGCGAAAAGACGCCCGCUCAUACAUUGUGGCUCUCACCGGUCUCGGUGCGAGUCGCGAUCGGGAGGAAGCCACGAAAUGCGGUUUCGACGAAUACCUGACCAAGCCGAUUCCAUUUCGAAAGGUUGGUGAACUACUCAAGGAGCGAGUGGCAAAAAGACGCCGUGACGCGCCUGUCUAA